CAUUUCCCAAUCGGAACAGGGUUUUCUCCUCCUUUUUUUUUUUGCUCCCGCCUCGGCCGCGGCGAUAACAGGGAACAUGGCGGCCGCUGUGUGGUGAAGCUGCCUAGGAAACUGCGGCGGUGUAUGUGGUGCUGCUGCCCGCGGCCUGGUGAACUAUGAGAGCCCUGGGGAUUCCGUACAUGACUAGGCCCGAGGAGAGGCUCUGGAGGACGCUUGGUGACAGCGGAGGACGGCAUUAAGGGGAAGGCUUGGUGUGUGAGGGAAACCGGGGCACAGCUCAGACCCCCCCACCCUUCCGUGCUCCGCCGUGUGUGACCCGCUGAGUGUGCCCGCCGGGCCCGGGACAGCUAUGCUGAGUGCGGGGAGAAGGCUGCUGGGCCUCGGGCUCAUGCUCCUGGUGUCUGUGGGACGAGUACAGGCGGCGCCACUUCCUGAAACAGGUGCAGAUGUUACAAGCAAUGAUGUCCCUGUGUCCCUAGUGCUGCUGUCCGUCUGCAGUUUUAUUGCUUUGGUGGUGCUGCUUAUAAGCUGUAUAUCCUGCUGCAAAGAGGCCGAAAUAGACUUCAAGGAGUUUGAAGAUCAUUUUGAUGAUGAAAUUGACUUUACCCCUCCAGCUGAAGACACACCGACCAACCAGUCUCCUGCGGAUGUCUUCACCUUAACAGUCCCUACCGUCUCUUUAUCUGUUCCAACACAGCUGCAGACUCCUCAAGAUGCAUCAAAGUUCCAGAUUGCCCGCCACAGCCUAAGCUACAUUCAGGAGAUUGGUAAUGGCUCAUUUGCAAAGGUUCUGUUGGGUGAGAUUUUCAGAGACAACAGUAUAGCCAGGGUGAUUGUAAAAGAACUGAGAGCCAGUGCAAGUCCGAAGGAGCAAGAUCACUUCAUCAAAAAUGGAGAGCCGUAUAGCUACCUGCAUCAUCCAAAUAUUGUACAGUGUGUCGGUCACUGUCUGGAGACUUUGCCCUACCUCAUGGUAUUUGAGAUAUGUGACUUGGGUGACCUGAAGACGUAUUUAAGUAAUGAGAAGGAGAAACUGAAUGGAGACACAGAGAUCAUUCUGCUCCAGCGUAUGGCAUGUGAGAUCGCUGCUGGCCUGGCCGUAAUGCACAAACACAAUUUUGUACACUGUGAUCUGGCCUUACGGAAUUGCUUUGUGACCUCUGACUUAACAGUAAAAAUAGGAGACUAUGGGAUAGGAUUCAGUAGGUAUAAGGAAGACUACAUGGAAACGGCCGAAGAGAAAUUAAUCCCAAUCAGAUGGACUGCACCAGAGUUAGUGACCUUGUACCAGGAAAGAGUAAUAGUUGCAGAUCAAACCCGAGCAAGCAAUAUUUGGUCUCUCGGUGUAACUCUCUGGGAACUUUUUGAUGGAUGUGCCACUCCAUAUUCUGAACUUUCAGACAAUGAAGUCUUAACUUAUGUCAUAAAAGAGAAAGAAGUUAAACUUCCCAAACCUCAACUUGAACAGCCAUAUGCAGACAGAUGGUUUGAAGUCUUGCAGUUCUGUUGGCUACCUCCAGAUAAGAGACUCACGGCAGAAGAAGUCCACAGAUUACUGACAUACCUCCGGAUGCAAAGCCAAAGGGAGAAUGAAGCGGACUUUGAACAACGCUGGAAUUCUCUUAAACCAAACACUAACAAUCGUCAACCUACAGUAAACAACCUAGCCUUUCCUAUCUUGGAGCACUUCACUGGCGAUGAAUUAGGCCGAGAACUGGAUGAAGUUCUUACUGUGACCGAAACCAGCCAGGGGCUCAGCUUUGAGUAUGUGUGGGAGGCAGCCAAAGAGGAUCAUUUUGAAGAGCACAGUCAUUCGGACUCUGAAACUACAGUAAACUAUAAUAGCAUAUUUUUCCCUGUGCCUGUAGAUGUUUUUCAGAAGUCAGUUUCUGACUUGGGGCAGGGAAAUUCAGAGCAAGCUAGUAGGGAAGAUGCCCCUUCUGUACCGGAGGUUGUUCCGGUUUUUGAUUCCCACAAUGCUUCUGUAUCUGAUGAAUAUUACAUUCGAUUGGAAGAGCAAGGUGAAAGCAGGUUGGACUUUGAUAGCCACAGCAAUCGUAAAGAAGGCAAAGAUGAAAAUCUUCAGUUCAUUGCUCUGACUGAUCUCGGUUCUGCAGGAGCCUGCAAAAAUAACAAUUGCUCAAAAGUAUCUGAUAAGUCAGGUAUUCCUGAAUACCUCUAUGUUUCGGGUGACCCUGAUUUUCCACUCCAUAAAGCUGUAAACAAUUUUGAGCCGUCUGACAGCAGAUCUAUUGGUGUGUCUCUUUCUGAGUGUAAAAAUCUAAAUGAUGGACAUUUAGGCGGUCAAUCUUCUCUGACUGGUUCAAAAAACGAUUUUUUAGAGAAUGGAGAAAAGAAUCUGUUGGACACAAGUUCUUUCCUCUUUGACAGUAUUUCAGAUACAAAUUUAGGAUUUGCUGAACUGGAAGAACUAUCAGACAAUUUUUUCUUCUUGACGGAAAAGAAUCUCUUGUCUGACCAUCCCAUGUCAUUGCAGGGUAGUGUUGGGUCAAAGAAUAUUUUUGAAAAUGCUAGUAAUUUAGACAUUGAGCUUACCCUGGCAGAACUUGACAGUUCCUUCCAAAAUUUCUCAGGUGAGGUGUUGAGCGGAAAACAGGACAAUGCCCAAAUAACAAACUUGGCACAGUUAGGACUGAUGGAACAAUCGGGUUCUGCUCCACGUGAGGAUUUUUUCCAAGAAUUUCUCACAGACCCCCAGCUUUUUGGUGAGGAAAUUGAAAGUACAGCCAGGGACAUUCUAAGUGAUCGAACUGAUAAUAAAAUGGACACUGCUGAAUCAGGAUUCCCAAUAGCAAGUACAGAGAGUAUUGAUCUGUACAGAUCCUUUGAUCAUGUUACCACUAAGGUUUAUGAUGAUAAAUGUAAUGACCCUGAACCUGUCCACGAGCUUUCCACUACAGAUGCUAAGAAAUCUGGAGAACAUGUCAAUGGGGAUCUUAACAUAACACCACUUGUAAAAACCUCUACAGCACUGAAUGCGACCAGUCAAGACAGUCUGCUAGAUGAUAGUGUAUCAAACUGUACACAGUCCCUAGUGCCGUCUGUAGGGACUCCAGACUCUCUAGACUCUCUGGAUGUUCAAACUAUUUUAGAUAGUGAUGAAUCCCACAAAUUCACGCCAUCUGACAAACCUGCUGAUAGUGGCUAUGAGACGGAGAACCUAGAGUCUCCAGAGUGGACCUCGCAUAUAAAUGGCUCUUCCAGUCAUUCUUCAACCAAUUCAGAAGGGUCCACCUUUGCAACACCUGUUAUAAUAAUAUCAGAAGUUGGACAAAACAACAUUGAUAUAGACGAUGAGGAACUUGAUACUAAUACUCAAAAACCUAUCAUUAAUGGUGGUAACAAUUCCUACCGGGACUCUGCUUAUUUCUCUGAUAAUGAUUCAGAGCUAGAAAAGAAGCUUGAUGUGUCAGAAUAUAAAGACAUUGUAAAUGACCAUACAAGUGAAGAGAGGGGGGUAUCGGAAGAGACAACUAGAAGCUUUCCUAGAAAGGUCCUUAUUCCAGGUGAGUGGGCUACAGAUCUGUCUUUAAAUUCAGACCAGCAGUUACCAGGACAAUCAGUAGAUUACCUCACUUCAGAGAACGAUGAGGAAAUUGUAAAUCCAUUUGGUCCUACUGAGGUGUUCUGCUCAGUAAACGCAAUCAAAGACUUGACAUUUUUAAGCCACAAUGAAGGACAGAAACUUAAAGAGCCCGAUAUGGAGGGAAAAUACCUCGGAAAGCUUGAUGCUGCUGGCCUGAUUGACUUAUCUGAGGAUGGCAUGGAUGCUGACGAAGAGGAUGAAAACAGUGAUGAUUCAGAUGAUGAUAUAAGAGCCUUUAACCUUCACAGCUUUAGCUCUGACAGCGAUGACGACACCGUCCAUCCAGUUCCUGUUGUGCACAUGGAGACAGAUGAUGGGAAAAACUUAAAAAGUCUCAUGAAAGUACACAAGCAUGGCUCUAACAAGCAGGAGAAAAGGAGCAGGAAAGCUGUGACCUUUUUUGAUGAUGUUACAAUCUACCUAUUUGAUCAGGAAACCCCAACCAAAGAACUAGGAUCUCGAGCAGUGGAUGCCAGCAGUCAGAUGUCCAGUAACAGCAGUCCAGUGUCUCCAUCGCCUCCUGGAUAUAGAUUUGGAAAUUCUGAAAGCUCUACUGAUGAAGAAGGUGGAGCUUUCGAAUGGGAAGAUGACUUUACAUCUCCUGAGCCAGCUUUUAUUAACAAACCAGCAGCAAACCCAGCCGGCUCAAAGCUCUCUGUCAAUCCAUCAAAGUACUUCUCCCCUCCUCCACCUCCUCGGAGUCCCGAUCAAAGCUGGACACGUGCUCCUGCACCUUUUUAUUCAAGAUUCUCCAUUUCUCCAGCGAAUCUAGCAAAUUUUUCCCUCACACAUCUAACAGACUCUGAUAUGGAACAGGGCGGCAGCAGUGAGGAUGGAGAGAAAGACUGACCCUUUUCUCGAGGAACUACUGCUAAAAAUGUGUUAAGUGGAGGACAUACGUGCAAUUUUGUGGUCUCUUAAAGGACAACUGCAGCCAUAACAACUUAUCCCCGGUCCACAGGAUAGGGGAUAAGUGUUUGAUCGCGGGGGGUCCGACUGCUGGGACCCCCACGUUCUCCCAAACGGGCCCUGGCAUUGCCGCUCUGUGAGAGCGGCUAAUGCACGUAGCGUCGACCUCAGUGAGGUCGAUGGUACUCCCCCUCCCCAUACAGCUCUAUGGGAGAGGCGGGGAGGCACGAAUGCUGUAUCCCCACCUCUCCCAUAGAACUACAUGGAGGAGGCGUAUUGGCUGCGGCCAGCACACCACCUGCACGGGAGAGACGCGACAGAGCCUGUCCUGCGGAUAAGGGAUAAGUUGUUAGGGCUGCAUAUUUCCUUUAAGAGAUCUGAGGACAUAUCGCAUGUAAAAUGUACAGUGUAAAUGAUUAUUGUGCAGUCAGAUUCAUCAUCUCCCCUCCUCCAGCCAUGCCGAAGCCCUCCGUGCUACUACUAUGUGUGAAGAUGUCAGUGCGUACCUUGCAGGGUGGGAGCAGGGACUCUACAUCUAUUUUUUUUUGUGCCCAAAUAGUGUGUAAUUUACAAGAUGUGUACAUACAGAUCUAUAAUUCUAUCUCCAGUGUCUGUGCUUAUAUAACGAUAAAUAUGUGACAAUGUGUAUCCAAUGAUGUUUAAAACACUAUGUAUUGCUUGAUAUUGCACUGUAAUGUUUCUUGCAUAUCUAUAUCUGUACAGAAUUUUUUAACUAAGAUGAAAAAACACUGCUUGUUAUGAAUUUUAUCUGUAUGAAUGUGUUGAUAUUCGUUCUUUGCAUUGUACAUUGUGUAAUAAGCUGCUGCCUGGGACUCAAUCUGUUGUAUAUGCUGUAUUUUAUUUUUUAAACAGCAAUACUUCCUUCCUAGUUCCUGGUUGGGGAGAUCUCCUUUCUGCGUCUUAUAGAGAUAUAUAUUGUAUGUGAAUACCUGAUAGAGUUUACUUAUCGGAUGGUGGCAACCUGUACCUGCAAUCCCAGUUCUAGAUAUAGUAAAUGGUUAGACAAUAGCAACCUUCUAGUUCUAUUGAUGGAGUGGUAGCUCUUGUUGCAUGCUGCAGGGUUUGGGGAAUUUACCUGAUGACAACCAUGAUUUAUAUGUCUACGAUUUUAUAGCCUACAGAGAGCCAUCAGUUCUCCUGGUUCAGUGCAUAUUAGUAUUCUCCCAAAAACAUUGAAGCAUCUAUACUGUGCUGUGCGUAAGUUAUUCCUUUUGGAAAUGUAGGAAUACAAUGCCAGUUUUUUUUUUUUUUUUUUUUUUUUUUAAUAAACCAUUCUCCUUGUCCUUGGGACAUGUCCCAAAAUACACUGACACUGUCAGCACUGAUAAGACUUUGUUAUACUAGGUAGGGACACACAGUGAGGGGAAAUGGCAACACCCAGUUGUCAAUUUGUUUUUGCAUUUCCAGGAGGAAUAACAGAAGAAUGGAACAUGCAGAUAAUAUCCUGAAACAGACGAGUCAGGAGAGUUGAUAGGGCCUCCUCUAAUCAUAUAUUAUCCUCUAGGCCUAGUUCACAUGUUGCAAUUAUUGUGGCUUUUUUGCUACGUUGUUUAAUUUUAUUUUUUGCGUAAAUUCAACAAAACUAAAUUCAGAACCAAAAGGAAAGAAGUACAAGGCUUUUCAUUAUAUUUCUCUUUUU